AUGGCAGAUAUAUACGCAUCUGUGACUUACACAUCCGUGGACACGUUUAUCACUGUGCUUGUCUUGCAUGCUUGCGGACAGCUUUCGAAUCUGAAGGACGACUUGAGGAACACUCAUUUGUGUGAUAGAAAAGAUUUUCAAGCAAGAUUGAAAAAAAUUAUUGAGAAGCACAAUUAUAUCGUCGGGUUCGCCGAAACAGUAGAAAAUUGUUUCAACGUAAUGCUUCUGAUUCAAAUGCUUGGUUUUAUCGUUCAAUUAUGCUUCCAAUGUUUUCAAGCGAUCAUGAGUACGGAUAUAGCUGACGCAGCGUACAAUUGCGAAUGGUACAGUUUACCUCCAAAAGACGCAAGACUACUUAUAAUUAUUAUGUGUCGAGCCACAGCAAUGCCGCUAAAAAUUACAGCAGGCAAAUUUUGCUGGUUUACUGUGCUGUUAUAUACUCAGGUAAGUAAAAACGAAUUGUACGAUAUGAAUACAAUUUUCAGUGAAAUCAUCCUUCUAAUCCUACGAAGAUCGCGAUCCGUGAAGAUUCGGUCAUGAAUUACAGUCCAUCUAAUUUAAGUGAUUUGAAUGAAUAAUGUAUUAUCAAAUUUUAUAGAAGAAUUACGUCUAUAUGAAAAUCGUUCAGUUUUACCAAAACAUUCAGUAUAUAAAAUAUCCAUAAUGGUAUACUGUAGUUCAUGAACGUAUUAUAAAAAAAGAAUUUUUUCGAACAUAUCAUAUGUAAAACAAUAUGUAAAACAUAUGGAAAUUCCUCUAAUAUUAUGAGUGAAUGAAAUAUAAAUGCCCUAAAUAUAUUGAAAUCAACGUGAAAGAAGUUACAAAACAUUUGUUGUUAACAUACGUUUAGUACAAAAUUAGUAUAUAGCAUGAAUAGCCACGUUAAGAAUAAGAUAAGAAAUAUAAAUAAACUCAGUAAAGAAUAAAGGUUAGCAUAAAGUACUACGAAAUAUUUGUAUAUAAUUACAUUUUGUUGUUUUUUUGAAAUAUAUACUUGUACUCUAAUAUUUAAGAAUACAUAUAAUAUUUAUAUUAUAUCAUACUAAUGUAUUAAUGAAAUUUCAAAGCAUUGUAAGCAAAUAUGAUUCUAUUAAUGUUGGAAAACUUUCGAUAGCAAUAUUUUUGUAUGUUUCAGAUCCUGAAAACCGCGAUGUCGUACAUUUCUGUUCUAUACGCAAUGCAAAGAUAA